AAAGAAGCGGCGCGUUUUUUUCAAGCCAACCAUAGCAACUGCAGCACUCCAAAGAGAAACUUGGACUUGCGCUGGGUGAAAAGGACUAGAAGCAUUUGCAGCGCGUCACCAUUGCACGCGGAUUCUGAAUCUUUUAGUUGCUCCUCAUGGAUCGAGAGGCGGCCGCGGUGCGAGUCCAGGCCGCCGCCCGGGGAAUGGCGGUCAGGCGCGCGGAGGCGAGACGCCACGCCGCGGUCACUGUCAUCCAGCGCCUGUGGAGAGGCCACGCCGCCAGGAAGGAGGUCAAAGCCAUCUUGCAGGGGGACAUCGCGAACCUCCUCCUCCAGAUCUACCGGCGCGCAGCCACCAGGAUCCAGGCCACCUGGCGUGGCUACUGGGUGAGGAAGAGGGUGUUCUGCUACCGCCUCUACGUGGACUGGCAGGGCCGCUGCUUGCACCGCGGCCGGACCCUUAUGCAGGAGAUGCUGGUAGGGAGUCUGGGCUGCUGCCCUUCUGGCUGGGACAGAUCGGGGCGUGCUAAAAGAGGCCAGACUAGCCAGCUAAGUAAACCCAUUGCUCUCCAGCACCAAAGAGAGCUGCUCCAAGAGGAAGAUCGCAAUAAGGCCGAAUCGGAGGCAGAGAAAUGCUCACAACUGGUUCUACGUAAAUUACAUCACCUUGUUUCAACCAAAUCAACUCCUGGAGUCUUCAACUCUCCCAGAAAUCCGUCUGUCAAAGCAGUUGAAGAUGGUCUGCGGCAACUACGAUUCCACUCGAUGCCUUCCUCGGUCUCUACCAACAAUGGGUUGGCUGAUCAAGUUAGAGCCCUAGAUUGGGAGGCAACUCGAAGUAGAAAGCUGUCAGUUCAAAGGGCUCUUCACCUUCCAGAGACCUGGAAAACUCGAUUACGGAGUUUACAAAGUAUAUCUACAUGAGAGCAGCAAAACUUUCUUGACAAUCUGUUGCUGGAGAGCAAUAAUAAUGACUGAUAAAGACCAAAUUGAACUUCAAAGUGUUCCAAGCAAGACAAAAAUUCAGGGUGGGAAUUGCAUUACAAAUCAUUGUACGGUCAAAAACUGUGUUAUACAUAAUUUGUUUAUUACUGAAGACAAGUUAGUUUGCCACUAAUGCAAUAUGUUCAUUAAAUCUCCAUACACAAAUGUAAAAUUGCCACUAUAAAUAAAUAUAAAAUAUAGAAUGUAUGUAAUAUAA